AAUAUUACAUUAUUUACAUUAAAUCGUAAUGGAACUGUGCCACUACUGACCUAUUGCCCCGUAGGUAUAAAUUCCAACAAAAAGAUAAACGAUUUCUAAUUUUCUUGUUAGUGUUAAGACGUGUGCACGGUGUCUUCUACCUAUUAUGUUACAAAUCUACGAUCAGUGUUGUUAGUCUGAGUGUUCCGUCUAUAUUGAAAUUGAGAUCUUAGUCUUAAACACAUUUCAAUUUAUUUUAUUUAAGGUAUGUUGUUUUAUUUUUGUUCCUAUGGUAAAUCAUACAAUAGGUUGUUAAACUUUUCAAGCACAAUAUUAAGGUCUAUCAUAGUACAUUUUGAAAAAAACUUCAAUUUCUAAUCGUUAAGGUUAUAUUGUAUAAUGAAGUUGAUUUUUAAAUCAUUGGGUACAUUACCCAUACGUCGAUUUCUAUCAACUGUACCAAAACCAUUAAAUCCUGUACAAGAAGCUGCCCUCAAAGAACGCUGUAUACUUGUUGACCAACAUGACCAAGAGUGUGGCUUUGCCAGUAAACGAGACUGUCAUAGAUUAGUAAAUGGGAACCUUCCAUUACACCGUGCGUUCAGUGUGUUUUUAUUCAACACCAAGGAUGAACUACUAUUACAACAGCGUUCAUCAACCAAGAUUACAUUCCCUGAUCAUUAUACAAAUUCUUGCUGCAGUCAUCCACUGUAUGAGAUUGAACAUGAGCGCAAAGACUUAGAAGGUGCUAAAGCUGCUGCUUGUCGCAGACUUGUGUUUGAAUUAGGAAUUCCUUCAAGCCAGUGUCAACCUAAAGACUUGCAAUAUAUAACUAGAAUAAGGUACAUGUCUGAAGGAGAUGGAACGUGGGGUGAACAUGAAAUUGAUUAUAUAUUUAUUUUGCAUAAAGAUGUUUCUUUGGAUCCCAAUCCAGAUGAAGUGAGUACUGCCUUAUAUAUUCCCAAAUCAAAAAUGAAUAAAUUUUUAAAGAAUUUAAAUCAUCCAAUUACACCAUGGUUUAAUCUAAUUGUACAAAACGAAUUGACUAACUGGUGGGACAAUUUAAGAUCUCUGGAGAAAGUCAUGAAUCAUAAAAAAAUUAUUAGUUAUUAAUUAUUUUUCUAUUGUGGGAAAUAUUAAUUAAGAUUGGGACUAUAUCAACAUUGUUAUUAAUUUAAUUAUAUUAUGUUAUGACAAUAUUGUUCAC